AUGGCCCAUGGACAUGGACAUGAACAUGGUCCUAGUAAAAUGGAACUUCCAGAUUAUAAACAAUGGAAGAUAGAAGGGACACCAUUGGAAACUGUCCAGGAGAAACUGGCUGCACGAGGACUAAGGGAUCCACGGGGCCGCAAUGAAGUUUGGAGAUACAUGGGUGGCUUUGCAAAUAAUGUUUCCUUUGUUGGAGCAUUAUUAAAAGAAUUCAAGUGGGGAUUUGCUGCAUUUGUGGUAGCUGUAGGGGCUGAAUAUUACCUGGAGUCCCAGAAAAAAGAUAAGAAACAUCACUGA